UUCCAAUCUUCCGUUAAAAAGAAAAACCCUUAACGUGCGGUAAAGCAGAGAGUCGCGUCUCUUUCUUCACUAAACUCCAGCAGCCAACUAACUUGGUGUUUGGUGCAGAGGAAAAGCUAGCAGACUGUUUCCAUGGAAAAUCAAAGCCAGCAGACUGCUUCCAUGGAAAAUCAAAGCCAAAAGAAACCUAGAAUUCUCUGUCUCCAUGGAUUCAGGACAAGUGCUUCAAUCCUCCAGAAAUUAAUCCUACGAUGGCCUGAAGAUGUCCUAGAAAAAUUAGACCUUGUCUUCCUUGACGCGCCAUUUCCUGCUCGGGGGAAAUCUGAUGUUGAAGGCAUCUUUGAUCCUCCCUACUAUGAAUGGUUCCAAGGCAACGAGGAUUUUACUCAGUAUUCAAAUUUUGAAGAAUGCCUGGCUUACAUAGAAAAUUACAUGAUAGAGCAUGGACCCUUUGAUGGUUUCCUUGGUUUCUCCCAGGGUGCAAUUUUAGCAGCUGCUUUGCCAGGAAUGCAGAAAGAUGGAGUGUGUCUGACCAAGGUUCCAAAUAUCAAAUUUCUGAUAAUAAUAUCAGGAGCCAAGCUUGGUGGAUCCAAGUUUGGCCUCCCUAAACUUGCUGCUAAUGCAUUUUCAUCCCCUGUUCAGUGCCCCUCUCUCCACUUCAUAGGGGAAGCAGAUUUUUUGAAGGAAGAAGGAAUUGGUUUAGUGGAAUCAUUUGUCAACCCUUUGGUCAUUCAUCAUAUCAAGGGACACACUAUUCCAAGACUUGGUGCACAAGGCCAAUGACAUCAAGAAGAUUUUUAGGAAACGGAAUCACUCUUCUUAAUGGAGUCCGUUGGGAAAAAAGAAAAUGGGAUAUUAAGGUGGGUUAUUUAAAUUUAAAAAUUAAAAUAUAAUAUUUCUUUGUUAUUUUUUUAACCUUGUAAUUUAAAUUGCAUUUAAUACUGUACAACA